GGUGCUGGAAGGAGAACGCCCCCUCCUCGCAGAAGGGCUUGCGGUGGCCCGGCAGUGCUGCAGAAUCGAGGCCUCCGGCUUGCGCGGGGGGUUCAACCCGCAUGCCCGAGCCCAGGAGGGGCCCUCGCUGGACGGUGGCGUCCUGCCUGCCUCCAGAGAGGCGAGCGCUUCCUGGUCCCUUCCUGGCAGGCCAGGCUUCGCCCCCACCCCCGGCCGCAGCCGCACCAGAGAGGCCAGCAAGCUUCGGCGGGCGGGCCGUCGGCUCUCUAGCCCCCGAAGCUGGCCUGGUGGAAGGCGGGGGUUGGCCCUGUCUUUGGCCCGGGCGCAGCCAAGCCUGCCGUCCACUCCUCCGCCCCCGGCGGCGUACAAUCCAGAGGAACCUUCAGCUCCAGCGCUCGGAGCUGGAGGAAGCCGAGGAGGGUGCCCGGAGCAAACAAGCCGGGGGAGCUUCCCGAAGAAACUAGCCGCCGCUGCUUCCGCCCGAGGAAGAGCUCUGUGGCUCUCGAAAGCGGGCACCGCCGGCACUAGCAGCCUCUGGGCCGCUUCCCAGCUCCGCAGCUCGCCGUCGAGAAAGUGCCGCUUCCGGGCGCUCCGCAGACCCCUGAAGACGACGACGAAGCGCCUCCUCCCGCGGCCGCCGCCUUGGGCUGCCUCCAGCUUCGCGCCGCUCCUCCGAUUUCCUUCGUCGCGGCGAGGGGGCACUUCGCGGCGACAUAGCCUUCCUUGCAGCUGCAGGUUCGGCGGCGAGCGAUCCAGGCACCAGCCCGCGAUCCGGGGCGCAAAGCCAGCCGGCUCCGCAGGGCUCGCCGCUCCGCUCGAGGCCGCCGCCGUGGCCGCAGGAGAGACGAGGCGACUCCCUCGUCUCUUCUUGGUGUCGCCGCCGCCGCUGGAGGAGGCGGGGGGUGCGGCUCCUACCUCGGCCCGCCCCUCCCCUCGCGGCCCCGCCCACGUGACCGGAGCCCCCUCCCCCCUCCCCGCCGCCCGCCCGGGUCUCGGAUUACGGCUCGCUCCUCCUGGCCGGGCUCCUGCUAGUUCUCCCGGUUGCUCCGAGCCGCCCGUUCGCCCCGGCCUGCGACUCGGUGGCGGGGGAGGGCGCAACCGGCGGCCGUCUGGGGUGUCGCCGCCCCCUUCCCCCGCCCUUCAUGCUCCCCCCGCCCGGCCGAAGCCGCGCGCCGCGCAAGAGGAUGAGCAGGACUCCCGCCGCCGCCGCGUCGCCCGGCCCGGAGCUGAGGAGAGCCGGCGGCCAGUGACAGGGGGGCUCGGCGAGGGAGCGGCCGGCCAGCCAGCCAGGCAGCGCCACCCCUUCGGAGCCGGCCAGCCGGCGGGGAGCCCGCGCUGCGUCUCGGCCGCCGGAGGAGCCCAGUGCCGCGGCUGCGCCUCUCUCGCCGGCGGGGCGCGCCGUGCCUGGCGCCGGGGCCGCGCUGCGCCCGCCUGGGGCGGAGGAGCGGCUGGGGCGGGGGGCUCGGCGCUUGCUUGCUCGCUCGCUCGCCCGCCGGGCUCUGCUUCCGGCGGCUGCGUCGACGGGCCGGCCAUGGAGACGGCGGAGAAGGAGUGCGGGGCGCUGGGCGGCCUCUUCCAAGCCAUCAUCAACGACAUGAAGAGUUCCUAUCCCAUCUGGGAGGAUUUCAACUCCAAGGCCACGAAACUCCACUCCCAACUGCGGACGACCGUGCUGGCGGCAGUCGCCUUCCUGGAUGCCUUCCAGAAAGUGGCAGACAUGGCCACCAACACACGAGGUGCCACCAGAGACAUUGGCUCGGCCCUGACCCGGAUGUGUAUGCGGCAUCGCAGCAUCGAGGCCAAGCUGAGGCAGUUCACCAAUGCCCUGAUGGAGAGCCUGAUUAAUCCCCUGCAGGACAGGAUCGAGGACUGGAAGAAAACGGCAAACCAGCUGGACAAAGACCACGCAAAAGAGUACAAACGGGCCCGCCAUGAGAUCAAGAAGAAGUCCUCCGACACGCUGAAGCUCCAGAAGAAGGCCCGCAAAGGGAAGGGGGACCUGCAGCCCCAGCUGGACAACGCCCUCCAAGAUGUCAAUGACAUGUACCUGCUCCUGGAGGAGACGGAGAAGCAGGCCGUCCGCAGGGCCCUCGUCGAGGAGCGGGGCCGGUUCUGCACCUUCAUUGCUUACUUGCAGCCGGUGGUGAAUGGAGAGAUCACCAUGCUGGGAGAGAUCACCCACCUGCAGGGCAUCAUUGACGAUCUGGUGGGGCUGACGGCCGAGCCGCACAAACUGCCACCAGCCAGUGAGCAGGUGAUCAAGGAUCUGAAGGGCUCAGACUACAGCUGGUCCUACCAGACUCCACCUUCCUCCCCAAGCAGUUCUGGCUCCCGCAAAUCCAGCAUGUGCAGCAGUGCAAAGGGGGGGCCCCCUCGGCUCAGUGGCUCCCCCACGCACUCACCCAGCUCCACCCAUUGCUACCACAGCCUGGCACAGCCGGUGAAUGCCAGCACCCGCCUCUCCAGCGUCUCGUCGCACGACUCCGGCUUCAUUUCCCAGGAUGCCAUGUUCUCCAAGCCGCCUUCGCCCAUGCCCUCGGACAUCACCAGCCAGAAGUCCUCCAGCUCUGCGUCCUCCGAGGCCUCCGAAACCUGCCAGUCUGUUAGCGAAUGCAACUCCCCGACCGCGUGGAAACCCCUGAAUGUGGCUCAUGGAGCCAGGACUGAAGGAAGCUCCCGGAGAAGCCUGAGCCUGGACUGGUCCAAGGCCGCCCUGUACGAGCAGCCCGUGGCGAGCACCCUGCAGCGCAGGAAGGACCGCGUGGAGCACCUCCGGGAGGCCGAGAUGGGCCCCUGCGGCCUGGCCUACCCAGGCAUGAGCUUGGAGGAAGGGCCCCGGCCUCGUCUGUCGCCAGCCUCCAUCGCCGCCAAGCACGGAGAGGAGGUUUCCCCAGCCGCCAGCGACCUGGCGAUGGUGCUGACCCGGGGCCUGAGUCUUGAGCACCAGAAGAGCAGCCGGGACUCCCUGCAGUACUCCAGCGGCUACAGCACACAGACCACCACCCCCUCUUGCUCGGAGGACACCAUCCCUUCGCAAGGCUCGGACUACGACUGCUAUUCGGUGAACGGGGACGUGGAAGGAGAGAGCCAGGGCGGCCUGGACAAGUCCUCCACCAUGCCACGCAACAGCACCAUUGCCCAGAAUUACCGGCGCAUGAUCCAGACCAAGAGACCGGCUUCCACAGCUGGCCUGCCCACAGGUAGUGCCCUGCCUGCCAGCGCCACGCCGGGCGUGGCCACCAUCCGCCGCACGCCUUCCACCAAGCCCACGGUGCGCCGCACCCUCUCCAGCGCUGGCCCGAUCCCCAUCAGACCCCCCAUUGUCCCCGUCAAGACCCCCACAGUGCCUGACUCCCCGGGCUACGCUGGCCCCACCCGGGUGGGUAGUGAGGAGUGCGUUUUCUAUGCCGACGAUGCCUCGCCCAACGCCAUGGACUUGGCCAAAGCCUCGCCCAAGAGGCUGAGCCUCCCCAACACGGCCUGGGGCAGCGGCAGCAGCGUCAUGGAGAUCUCGGUCUACGCGGGGGCUGGCCCGCACCUCUCCGCCGAGGAGGAAGACCAGCAGCUGGCCGCCAACCGGCACAGUCUGGUGGAGAAGAUCGGGGAGCUGGUGGCCAGCGCCCACGCCCUGGCGGAGGGCCAGUUCCCCUUCCCCACUGGGCUGCCCACCCUGGGCCCCGGGGAGGAGACGCCCGCGCCGCCCCCGGCCGCCUCCAGCGACCCCCCUGCCGAAGACAUGCUGGUGGCCAUCCGGCGGGGGGUGCGCCUGCGCAGGACCAUCACCAACGACCGGUCGGCUCCGCGGAUUUUGUGAUGCCCCCUUCCCAGAGGCCGGAGAGCAAUGGCGGAGCCGGCACUGGGCCAGGAAGCAGCAGGACAGCAAGCCGAGAACUAACAAGCCGCACAAGGCGAAGCCACUUUAUGGAGCUCGCGUCCGAGGCGGGAUGGAGAAGAGACGAAGCUGAGGAGCGCGCUGGCGAGGGCCCGCCUGCCCGCCCCUGGCCUGGCUUGGGAGCCUCUUUUCUGCGCCGCCGUCUUCCUCUGCCGCCUCCUCCAGGCGCUCUGCACCUUCUUCCCCUCCUGUAGAGCUCAGCUGCUGCCAACACCCCGCUAGAGCCCCCCCCCGCCCGGCUGUGCGUUGGGCAGGGAGGAGUGAAGACCUCGCCUGGAUGGAGCAGCUGCCGUUGAGAGGCACACACAGGGCAGCGUCCCGCAAGCCGCCACUCCUGCAGGCUGCUCCCUCCUCCUCCUCCUCCUCUGGACAGAAGAGGCGCUCUUCGUCUUGUGCUGAAUCCCCCCCCCACCCACCCACUGUCCUCCCUCUUUUUCGCCUCGACUUUUCUGUGUUUCUGUCAUCUGUUUAUAUCCGCUGGUUUAAAAGACCUUCCCCCUGGCCCCAGCGAUGGGAGCAGUCCCGGCUGCCCGAGGGUCCUCUUCCCAGCGGCAGCAGUGGCGGCAGGAACCCGGCUGUGGGGCAGGCAGAGGGGCUGUUUUCUGAGGAGGGGCACCAUCCUCCUGGCAGGUUCCUGCCUCCUGGCUUAGCCACCAGCACGGCCCUUGGGCUGCCCCUGUGGGAGAGCUCGCUGGACGAGGAGGCGGGGCGGGGCUUGUGCCCCCCCCCGUCAUCAGAGACGCCCAGAGGGGGCUGCCAUGGGCUCCCGCGCGCCCCGCUGCUUCCAUGCCCCACUCCAGCCUUCCCAUGGAGCUACAGCAGGCCACAAGGGCAGGGUUGCCAGCAGGGCAGAGGUGGCGUUGGCCGUGUGGGUGCCGGGGAAGCAGGUCACUGAGCGGCCCUCCGGGGGGGGAGUACAGUGACUGGGGGGGUCAGCUGGCCCAGUGGCUUUGCGUGCAGGUUGCAAGGGAGCCCAGGCAAGGGCUGAGCCAAAGGUGGCGGAGGGGUUAGGGGCCUUUGUGAAUAGAGAGAGGCCCCGUCCCCCCCACCUCCGGCAGCCUUUGAAGGGGAUAGAAAAGAUCUGCAGCGUGCAUUUGGAGGUUGGUCAGCCCCCGUGACUGAGGCAGGCAGCAGUGGCCUCGCGCUCGGUUGCUUGGCCCGGCCGUAUCAUGGCCGCCUGAGCCCCCAUUGGCUGUACUGUGCCAUGUGAGCACUCCCUCUUUCCCCCCUUUACUCCGAAGGGGUGGAUGGUGCGGCUUUCAGCAGCUCUGCAGCAUGAACGGGAUGCGUCCGUGGCAGUGUAAGCGAGGGGCCAUUUGGCCAAACUGACCCCGCCUUCGCAGCCUCUGGCGGGCAGGGCUAGCUGUGGAAGGGAAGCAGCCCGGCCGGAACUCCUCUUGCCUUGCUGGCACCCGUGGCUGGCCUGAGCCGAGGGGCUGCCUGUGUGGUCCCUCCAGUGCCGGUGCAUUCCCAAGAGGCUGCCUGCCAGCAGAGAGAGAGAGAGCGUGCUCUGCCCAAGACUGUCCCUUGCAGCUCUUCGUGCCGAAGGUGGCCGCUCCUGCCCCUCUCUCCAGCCAACGCUCUGCUGCCUGCCCCCAUGAUCCCCCAGCCUCUCCCCAGAAAGUCUGGUAAGUCAUUCCUGUUGGCAAGUGGAAUGUGAUGUUGGGCAAGAGGAAGAGGCUUUGACAAGCUCACUGGAGGUCCGAGAGGUGAUGGGAAGGGAGGAGGUCGAGAAGGACUGUGGCUGAAGAGGAGGGGGGAGGGAGAGCCGGCUUGGCACAGGAGGUGGCGCAGGGUACCGGCAGGCUUGCUGGGGAAAGGAGGCAGGAGGAGAAGCCGGCCCACCGGGGCAAAGCAGACUCUGCUGCUGCAUACGGGGGCGGGGGGGGCACAGCCGUGGGGCCUUUGCUUCAAGAGGGACCCCACCACAGGGUGGAGCAAGCACAACCCCCAUGGGCCCUUUUCGGUGCGUCUCCCCUGCUGCCGGCCCUGGCAAAGCACAGCGGGGCGCAAGGAGGAGCCGGACGAUGUACAUAGCGCCAAAGCAGCAGCGUCUCCUCCAAACCCAGUCUCCCCAGCCGUGUGUGUGUGUGUGUGUGUGAUGUUGUAACCCUCUUAUACUGUCGUAGAAAUAAGAGUCUAGUUCUAACCGACCAGCCCAGCAGUGGGCUCCAUGCCUCCCUGUCAUGACCAGACAUGACAACAGCAAUGAUGCGUGACCUCUGUGUGCAUUUGCUUUUUAUUUUCCAUUUUUGUACAGAGACAAAAAGCCUCCUUUUAAAAUGUCUUUCAACCCACGUAACUAUUCUGGUGCUGUUGUUAACCUGUUCCUUUUUCUCUUUUUUAAUUUAUUUCCCCCUCCCCUUUCUAGCACUCCUGUCUCACCUGGUCUCGCUCUCUCUCUUCAAGAUAAUUACCCUCCCCUCCCCUCCUCCAUUUAAACUAGUCACUGCUACAAGUAACGAAUGCACUGUGAAGAUCCCAGUAUUAAUAAAAGUCGUACUGUACUUGA